AUGUCGUGGCUAGCAAAGCCCUCCCGCUGUCUGAGCAGGGUCAACCCAACAACUCGACUCGUCGCUCCCGUGUCUACAUGCCGCUCCUCUCAACGAUCCAUCCAGGGCGCCUCAGCCGUCGCUCAAGAUCAUCACGCGAGUCACACAUCUUCCACCGUUGACAAUGGCUCCUCAUCGUUUCUGCCCAACCACACACCAUCAGCGCCGCAACGACCCCGACCCCGCCCUCAGACCAAUCCCAUCGACGACCUAAUCUCCCAAACACCCAUCGUACAAGCCCUUCGUCGCGAUCCCGCCUACAUCGAAUCCCGCCCUCAUCUCGCAAUGAACCCCAGUCUUCGCCCCAACCACUUCGUCGCAGGGCCAAACUCAGGCCCAGGCAAGAUCACCGUGCCGCCCUAUGUCUGGAUGGCGAAGAACCCGCGCACCGCCGCGGGAACGACGACCAGCCGGAUGGUGUCGGUAUUCCAUAUCGGCCCACAGCUCUGCGGACAUCCGGGCUUCGUGCACGGCGGUCUGCUGACGGUGAUGUUCGACGAGGCGUUUGCGCGCUGUGUUUCGACUUCGUUCCGCAGUGGUCUGGGUAUGACGGCCAACCUGAACGUGGAUUUCCGGAAACCUGCGUUGCCGGACCGACUCUAUGUGCUUCGGGCGGAGACGGUCAAGGUCGAAGGCCGGAAGGCGUGGGUCGAGGGGACGUUAACCUCGUUGCCGCCUGUGGGCGAUGCGAGUGAGCCUGUUAUGGUCGCCGAGGGCAAGGCUUUGUUCGUAGAACCAAAAUUCGCAGAGUCCAUGGUCCCCUUGUACAGAGGCUGA